UUCUGAGCCAGGGAGAACUAGCUCAGCAGCCCCCCUUGGGUUGUAACUCCCCACUGUCUCCUGUGCGCAUCGCAGCCGCAAGUGGCUUUCCCUGCUGGGCUUCUGACAACACUGUGUCUAACUUUUAUUACAGGGUUUUCUGCCUGCCCCUCUGCGCCCAGCUGAUGGGAGAGCUGCUGGGCCAAUGCCCGUUCCGUGCUGUCUGACCAGCCUUGACGUGAUCCUGCGACUUGCCGCACCUUUACAAUGGCCCUAACCUUGUUUGAAGUGCUUUCCAAUACUGAUGAAUACCGACCACCUGUUUGGAAAUCUUACUUGUAUCAGUUGCAACAGGAAGCUCCCCAUCCUAGAAGGAUUACCUGCACUUUUGAGGUAGAGAACAGACCCAAAUAUUAUGGAAGAGAAUUCCAUGGUAUGAUCUCAAGAGAAGAAGCCGACCAAUUAUUAAGUGUUGCAGAGGGAAGUUAUCUCAUUCGUGAAAGCCAACGGCAACCAGGAACCUACACUUUGGCAUUAAGAUUUGGAAAUCAAACCAGAAACUUCAGACUCUACUACGAUGGAAAACACUUUGUUGGGGAGAAACGUUUUGAGUCCAUCCAUGACCUGGUGACAGAUGGAUUGAUUACUCUUUAUAUUGAAACCAAGGCAGCAGAAUAUAUUGCCAAGAUGACAAUAAAUCCAAUUUAUGAACACAUAGGAUAUACAACCUUAAACAGAGAGCCAGCACACAAAAAACAUAUGCCAACCCUGAGAGAUACAUAUGAUGGCAAAGAGGCUACAGGAGAAGAUGAGGUAGCAGAGAAAAGGUUGACAUCACUUGUCAGAAGAGCAACUCUGAAAGAAAAUGAACAUAUUCCAAAAUAUGAAAAGGUUCACAAUUUCAAGGUUCACACGUUCAGGGGUCCACACUGGUGUGAAUACUGUGCCAACUUUAUGUGGGGCCUCAUUGCUCAGGGAGUAAAAUGUGCAGAUUGUGGUUUAAAUGUUCACAAGCAGUGUUCCAAGAUGGUCCCAAAUGACUGCAAGCCAGAUCUGAAGCAUGUCAAAAAAGUGUACAGCUGUGACCUUACAACGCUAGUAAAAGCACACAUCACUAAAAGGCCAAUGGUAGUAGACAUGUGUAUUAGAGAAAUUGAAUCUAGAGGUCUUAAUUCUGAAGGACUAUACAGAGUUUCAGGCUUUAGUGACCUAAUUGAAGACGUCAAAAUGGCAUUUGACAGAGAUGGGGAAAAAGCAGAUAUUUCUGUGAAUAUGUAUGAAGAUAUCAAUAUUAUCACUGGUGCACUUAAAUUGUACUUCAGGGAUUUGCCAAUUCCGCUUAUCACAUACGAUGCCUACCCAAAAUUUAUAGAUUCUGCAAAAAGCAUGGAUCCUGAUGAACAGUUGGAAACACUUCAUGAAGCAUUGAAACUACUGCCACCUGCACACUGUGAAACCUUAAGGUAUCUCAUGGCGCAUUUAAAGAGGGUAACCCUUCAUGAAAAGGAGAAUCUCAUGAAUGCAGAGAAUCUUGGCAUUGUUUUUGGACCAACCCUUAUGCGAGCACCAGAACUUGAUGCAAUGGCUGCACUGAAUGAUAUCCGUUACCAGAGACUUGUGGUGGAGAUGCUUAUAAAAAAUGAAGACAUUUUAUUUUGAAUAUUUUGUUUUGUUCUUU